AUGGCCCCGGUAUUUUUGCCAGUUUGGAGCAGCCUAUUUCUGCUGAGGGCGCCCAGUGGGCUGGGACACUUUGGCCUCGUCCGCAGGCUCAUUAUCAGGCUGCUCCCGCCGCAGGGUUCACAGAUCAGGAGUGGGCGGGCCGUUCCUUUCGAGAACACCAACAUUGCACCCCAAGGCUUUCCUGUCGUGAACACCAAUAACGCCACCGAGACGAAGCCACCGGCCAAGAGGAAGCGUCAGCGAACCAAGAAGGAUGCUGUUCCUGAGCCUCCUGCAGUUCGUGGUGACUUGUUUCUCGAUGCCGCCAGCGGCCUGGUUCCAGUUUCUGCUGGGUCAAAGAGGCGAAGGGGCCGUCCUGCUGUUUCGGCUCGCAGCGUUGUCCCUAAUGCUCAAUCUACCCCCGGCCUGCCGCUGCUUUCGCCUGCUCCUGCCAAACACUAUGGUGCUGGGGUCUUGAACGGUCACGACUCGGUAUCAAGCAUGAUAGGGGCCCGGUUUGCGUCUGAAGCACAGUCUAUUGCUCAGUCUGUUCCCGACUUGCCAGUGCUUGCGCCCGCCCCGCCCAACAUCCAUGGCCAUGGGGUUCUGAACGGUCACGACACGGUAUCGAGCAUGCCUGGGGCCCAGUUUGCCUCUGAGGUACCGCCUGCUCUGUUGAGUGGCAACGCUAUGCCUAAUGCUCAGUCUUCCACUGGUCUGACGGUUCUUGCGCCUGCGUCGCCCAAUAACCAUGGCCAUGGUCUUUUGAACGGCCACGACACGGUAUCGAGCAUGCUUGGGGCUCAGUUUGCAGCUGAGGCAGCGCCUGCUGUUCCGGCGCCGUCGUCCAAUGUUGCAGCCAGGUUCCUGAACGGUCACGACACUGUGUCUAGCAUGAUCGCGGCUCAGAUUCACUCUGGGGUGACGCCUACUCCGUUGCCGGAUUUGGCUGCUACUAUGCGGCCGAGCCCGAGGAAGAGGCGCUAA